CGGCGGCAGCAGCACGAAGCACGGCGUCGGGAAGGCUCCGGGGGAAUGCGGCAGUAGCGUUCCCAGGCUGGAAGAGAGGAGACCCCCCACCCCCAUGUUCCCCUCAGUCCUCCUCGCUUUUACGCGCCGGCUUCGGAUCCUGCGCCAAGAAGACUGAGGGCGCCCUCGCCCAGCCUGGCUGUGGCUGAGUGAGGGGCUGAGAAGGUGCUCUCGUUCUUGUUGGACUGGGGGUGGGAGGAAGGGGGUGGCGGCGGCAGCUUGGUUGCUGCUGCUUCUUGGUUGCCUUUUAGCCCCCCAAGGAAAGAGCAGGCGCCAUUGCCAGGAGGAUCGAACCGAGGGGGCCGCAGCGCGCGCGCCCCUUCCUCUCUGCUCGCCGGAGGGCAGCGGGCGCCCGGGUACUACGCUCCCCCUGACGGUCCCCGCAGGAUGCCUGCCUUGUCCUGGCGGCCGAGCGCGGCCAUCCCUUCUGCCUGGCUUCUGCUGCCACUGUUCUCCCUAGCUUGGGCGCGGAGCAACUCUCGGGGACUGGCGGGGUUACCCCCCAACGCCGCCUCCUCCCCCACGACCCCCAUCGCCAUCAUGGGCUUAAUGCCGCUAAGCGACUCCGUGGAGAAGGGCAAAAUCGGCCGGGGGGUCCUACCGGCCAUGCAAUUGGCAAUGGAGCAGAUCCUCAACGAAUCGCUGCUCAACCCGUACUCUCUGGACCUGCGCUACUACGACACUGAGUGUGACAAUGCAAAGGGUCUUAAAGCCUUCUAUGAUGCAAUAAAAUAUGGACCUACACAUCUAAUGGUUUUUGGUGGUGUAUGUACAACUGUAACAUCCAUCAUUGCUGAAUCCUUAAUAGGAUGGAAUUUGGUCCAGCUCUCAUUUGCAGCAACAACACCAGAGUUAGCAGAUAAGAAAAAAUAUCCUUAUUUCUUCCGGACAGUGCCAUCCGAUAAUGCUGUGAACCCAGCAAUUCUAAAGUUGCUCAAACAUUAUAAAUGGAAACGAGUAGGAACUUUGACUCAAGAUAUACGAAGGUUUUCUGAGGUACGGAAUGAUCUAACUGGAGUUCUCUAUGGUGAAGAUAUUGAAAUAUCAGAUACAGAGAGUUUUUCUAAUGAUCCCUGUACAAGUGUCAAAAAGCUUAAGGGAAACGAUGUUAGAAUUAUCCUUGGCCAAUUCAAUGAGGAAAUGGCAGCAAAAGUAUUCUGCUGUGCAUAUCACGAAAAAAUGUUUGGCCCUAAGUAUCAAUGGAUAAUUCCUGGGUGGUAUCAGAGCUUUUGGUGGGAAAAAGCUAUUCCAAAGCUGAAUUCAUCACACUGUCUUGGUAUAAACCUUCUGGGUGCUAUGGAAGGUUAUAUUGGAGUAGAUUUUGAACCCCUCAGUUCCAAACAGAUAAAAACCAUUUCUGGAAGGACGCCACAGCAGUAUGAAGAGGAAUAUGAUCAAAGGCGUGGAAAUGUUGAGUCAAGUAAGUUCCAUGGCUUUGCUUAUGAUGGAAUAUGGGUAAUUGCCAAAACACUGCAGCAGGCAAUGAAGAUUCUUAAUGCUACCAACAGAAACCAAAAAAUUGAGGACUUCAAUUACACCAACAAAGAACUUGGAAAAAUUUUCUUGGAUGCAAUGAAUCAGACCAGCUUCUUUGGUGUAACGGGUCAAGUUAUGUUCAGAAAUGGAGAGAGGAUGGGGACCAUCAAAUUCACACAGUUUCAAGACAAAAAGGAAGUGAAGGUGGGAGAAUAUAAUGCUAUACUUGAUUCACUGGAAAUCAUCAACAAUUCUAUCAAAUUCCACGGGAAAGAACCUCCAAAGGAUAGAACAAUUAUCCAAAAGCAACUUCGUAAGAUUUCUCUGCCCCUCUACAGUAUUCUCUCAGCACUCACUAUCUUGGGAAUGAUCAUGGCCAGUGCUUUUUUGUUCUUUAAUAUCAAAAACAGAAAUCAAAAGCUGAUAAAGAUGUCCAGUCCUUACAUGAACAAUCUCAUUAUUCUUGGGGGAAUGCUGUCCUAUGCAUCUAUAUUCCUUUUUGGGCUUGAUGGAUCUUUUGUUUCUGAAAAAACUUUUGAGACCCUUUGUACUAUCCGGACGUGGAUUCUAACAGUAGGCUAUACAACUGCAUUUGGGGCAAUGUUUGCAAAAACAUGGAGAGUCCAUGCAAUCUUCAAAAAUGUAAAAAUGAAAAAAAAGAUCAUUAAGGACCAAAAACUAAUGGUGAUCGUUGGAGGAAUGCUACUGAUAGAUCUUUGCAUCUUGAUUUGUUGGCAAGUUGUUGAUCCCUUGAGGAGAACAGUAGAAAAGUACAACAUGGAGCCCGACCCUGCAGGCCGAGAUAUUUCAAUUCUUCCCAUUUUGGAGCAUUGUGAAAAUACUCACAUGACUAUCUGGCUUGGCAUUGUCUAUGCCUAUAAAGGCCUACUCAUGCUAUUUGGGUGCUUUUUGGCUUGGGAGACUCGAAAUGUGAGCAUUCCUGCUCUGAAUGACAGUAAAUACAUUGGCAUGAGUGUUUAUAACGUGGGCAUCAUGUGCAUCAUUGGAGCUGCUGUUUCCUUUCUUACACGAGACCAGCCCAAUGUACAGUUCUGCAUUGUGGCACUAGUCAUUAUAUUUUGUAGCACCAUUACACUCUGCUUAGUCUUUGUACCUAAGUUAAUUACUCUGAGAACAAAUCCAGAUGCUGCCACUCGGAACAGAGGGCUUCAGUUCACUCAGAAUCAGAAGAAAGAUGACUCAAAAACAUCAACAUCUGUCACCAGUGUCAACCAAGCCAGCACAUCUCGGUUAGAAGGGCUACAGUCAGAGAACCACCAGCUCAGAAUGAAAAUCACAGAGUUGGACAAAGCUCUAGAAGAAGUCACAAUGCAGCUUCAGGACACACCUGAAAAAACAACAUAUAUUAAACAGAACCACUAUCAGGAGCUCAAUGAUAUUCUCAGUAUACGCAACUUUACAGAAAGCAAAGAUGGUGAAAAAACAGUGUUGAAAAAUCAUCUUGAUCAAAAUCCACAAGCACAAUGGAAUACUACAGAGUCAUCCAGAACAAGCAAAGAUUUUAUAGAAGAUAUUAACUCCCCAGAACACAUACAGCGUCGACUCUCCUUACAGCUGCCCAUUCUUCAUCACGCUUAUUUGCCAUCCAUUGGAGGGGUUGAUGCCAGCUGUGCCAGUCCAUGUGUCAGCCCCAGUGCCAGUCCCCGGCAAAGACAUGUGCCACCAUCUUUUCGCGUGAUGGUCUCUGGCCUGUAGGAGGACAUCAGAGCUCCCUGAACUGCUUUUGGUACUCAAUGGCUGGACUGAACGUCUUGUGUCGAACUCUUGCCUUCUACAUAUCCUUACUCUUACCACAGAGAAACUAGCUCUAUAAGGCCAUUAUCAAGGGAGGGCCAGUUCCGCUGCUGGGAAAAAGCAUGUGAAGCGGAGAGGUUAGGCAGAGGUUGAUCUGUAGCCUUACUUGUGGACGUUUUUAUUUCUUCACAAAGAAAGUCACCAAAACCACGUUUCUUCCUGAAUUUCUAUAGGAGGCAAGGUGGCUAAGAAAUCUAAACUUGACCGAAAAAAAAAAAGACAACAGACCCCACUGCAGCAUCACUAAGCUUUACAUUGCUACUGAAAAUGAAACAUGAGAAGAAGAAAAGAAAUAUCUCAUCAAAAGAGUGCUGUAUUAACUGAAAUGUAUACCAUUUGUAUAUCAGGGAUUGCGUUCAGCUUCUGGAGACCACCGUUAGUUGGGCUGACCUUAAUUUCUGGGACUACAUUCAGUGAGAAGGAGACUUUUAGAAAUAGUUCCAGCAUCAUUGAGACUUGUACACAGUCCAGCCUCAUUCCUCUCAAGACACGCUUGGGGUGGAAAAUGCUUUGGGGGGAAGCAAAUCCAAGUCCAGGAUCUUAGAGCAGCUACAGCAGGCACCCCAGGUUCCGGGAGGGAUCCCUUCCUCCUGUUAAGACAUCAUGCUUGGUGGAAUCCCAGGGUGACCUUCUGCAAAUAGCAGAAAACUGGGUCUGGGGCUGAGGAUUGCUACUGAAAUCUUAAUGUCACAGGGUGGAUUUUUCUCCUGGAGUUUGCUUGAUUUAAACCACAGCAUAAUUAACAGUACAGUUAACUGAGCAGAAGAGCAAGGGGGCGGUAGGGCCCUUAGGCACCACACUUUGCUGCUGCAGUAGAAUUCUGCAGAAGCAGAGAGCAUAUACUGUAGACGCCACCUUUGCUUCACAUCUGUGUGUGUGAGAAACAGUGGUCGUUGAGAAUAAGAUAGGCUGAACCAAGUUUGCCAAUAUUGGGCAAAACAUAUCCUUUGGGCUUUGAAUUUAAAAAAAGACAAAAACACAAAUAUGGUAUAAUUUGAAGCAAAACAUUUUUUUCUCUCUUGUGGAUUCCACCCGAGAGAAUAGAUUUAAUCUAUUUCCUCUCUGGGAGCAACUGAAUCUGCUAUUAAUUAGAAAGCAACACGAGAGAACUCAAAUGAAAUGGGCUUCCAUAACUUACUGUUAAGGUUUGAUCCACACAUGUGCUGCUUGUACCCUAGUGGUUCUAGGACAGCUUGCUAGGAUUAAGAUUAUCUGGGCAUGCAUAAUCCAAAGAGAGGCACCUGGGCCCUUUACAAUUACAUGGCAUGGAGAACUUGAGGAGAUGCAUUUCCUUCCUGGCUAAACACAUGAGAGAUGCCACAUUGUGUGAACUUCCAAUUGCUAUGUAGUUCUGGGCCACAAUUCCUUCACCGCUGCAGGUUGCGCAUUCAGCAUGGGAAGGGCUUAGAUGCAAGGGCUAAGAUUGCCCUUGCCUUACUGCUUCCUAGGAUGUUCAAGUGAAAGCUUAGGUCUAUGCUUUUUCAUGCCUCUAGGUUUGCUGAUUUUGUUUUUUAACUGGUGGAGCUGCUUGUGUCAUCUGACAUACUGUAUAGUUUCACCAGUUGAGAAAUACGGAUCGUUUGGGAAGGCAUCAAUCACACAGUCCAUCAGUGUCUUGAGCAAGCUUAAAUCCCAAAGCAUGCCGUGAUAAGGAUGUGCCGACCAUGUGAAAGGCACAGAAGCACACUUCAGAGCCUGUUUGUGGGCAGAAGACAGACAAAAUACCUUUCCUUCUCCCCAAAAAACCUGUUUUUCCUUCAUCCCAGUAUAUUGAUUCAGAAUAUUUUGUAUUGCUGUAAGAACAACAAAAAAA